AUGUUUGUGAGAUCUAACUGCACGGUUAAUAAAUUUGUCCUCCUGGGACUUGCUGAGAGCCCAGACGUUCAGCUCCUGCUCUUUGGGGUGUUUCUACUGGUUUAUGUGUUCACCCUCUUGGGGAACGUUGGCAUGAUGACCCUGGUUAGGACCGACCCGCACUUGCACACCCCCAUGUACUUCUUCCUCCACCAUUUGUCCUUUGUUGACGCUUGUUACUCCACGGUCAUCAUGCCCAACAUGCUGGUGUCCUUCAUCUCGAGGAACAAAGACAUUUCCUUUACCGGCUGCGUGGCACAACUUUACAGCUUUGUUUUCUUCGGGAUUGUUGAGUGCUACCUUUUGGCUGUGAUGGCAUACGACCGCUACGCUGCCGUCUGCAGCCCGCUGCGGUACGUGGUCAUGUUGCCCAAGUCGGUGUGCGCCUGGCUGGUCUCAGCUUCCUACACCCUCGGCUUUCUUUAUGCAGCGAUAUACACCGGCUGCACCUUUGGGGGGUCUUUCUGCAAUUCCAACGUCAUCGACCAUUUCUUCUGCGACAUCGGCCCCUUGCUGAAGCUCUCCUGCUCUGACAGGGUUCUCAGGGAGAAGGUCAUCUUUGCCUUUGUCAGCCUAAACGGGAUUAGCACCAGUGGAGUCAUCUUGGUCUCGUACCUGUACAUCCUCUCCGCCGUCCUGAGGGCGCACUCAGCACAGAGCAGGUCCAAAGCCUUCAACACAUGCACCUCACACCUAAUGGUCAUCUCCUUGUUCUAUGGGGCAGGGUUCUUCGUAUACCUGCAGCCCAGCACCAGCCACAACGGGCUAGACAAGGUGGCCACUGUGUUUUACACACUGGUGAACCCCUUCAUCUACGGCCUGAGGAACAGAGACGUGAAGGUGGCUUUGAUGAAACAUAUAAAGAGAGGUCUCUGCGUCUGUCUUCUUUGA